AAGAGAACGUGCUGCUCUGACCCCCCUCCUCCUUUCAGGCUGCAGCCUGCUGGAGUCCGAUGGUUGACACCAGGUCCUUGGAGGUAUUUCUGUCAACUCACACUGGAUCCAAACACAGCACACAGAGAACUCAAACUGUCUGACAACAACAGGAAGGUGACAUAUGUGAAGGAGGAUCAGUCAUAUCCUGAUCAUCCAGACAGAUUUGAUUACUGGUAUCAGCUGCUGUGUAGAAAUGAUCUGACUGGUCGCUGUUACUGGGAGGUCAAGUGGAGAGGACUGGUUUAUAUAUCAGUGACUUACAGAGGAAUCAGCAGGAAAGGAGACAGUGAUGACUGUUUGUUUGGAAUGAAUGAUCAGUCCUGGAGUCUGAGUUGCUCUGAUGGUGGUUACUCUGUCCGUCACAAUAACAGAGAAACAUUCAUCUCCUCCUCCUCCUCUGUCUCUGGCAGAGUAGCAGUGUAUAUGGACUCUCCUGCUGGCACUUUGUCCUUCUACAGAGUCUCCUCUGACACACUGAUCCACCUCCACACCUUCAACACCACAUUCACUCAGCCUCUGUAUGCUGGGUUUAGGCUCUUGCCUGAUUCCUCAGUGUCUCUGUGUGGUCUGGAGGAGGAAGAGUCUCCUCCUGUUAGAGAAACUUUCUCACUGCUGACCAGAUAGUUCAGUCUGUACAGGAUCACACACAGCUGAUGGUAUUUAGUACCAACAUGAUCUCUCACUGCUUGUAAAUGUAAACAUGGUUUCCACAUGAUUGACAGUUUGUUUGUAAAAUGAAUCAAAUGAUAAACUGAGUCCAGUUGUUGUUGUUUUCUGUUGUUAGUGUAUUAGAAAGGCUUGAACUGUAAUGGGAUAAUGGGAAUGGGAUCUUCACAAUGUUUAGUUGUAGUUCUUCUAGUAGUUUCAUAGUAACUGUGUUACCUGAUUCCUUCACUUAUUUAGAGAUCACAUGACAAAUGAUGGUCAGAACAACAGGCCUCCUAUUGGCUGGUUAAAUGAACACCUCUAAUGGUGAAGGCUGAGGCUCAGCAGCUGGAGUCUGGCUGCUUUUAUGCUGCGUUCAUAUCAUAUUGGAAUGAUGCUAAUUAUGAGAUUCUGACUUGUAAAUAGAAUUCAGGUCAACAUUCAAGUGGUAAUUAUGAAGUGGAAAAGCUGAAAGCUCUGAUAUUUACUGGAUAUGCUGGAUUAUUGUCAAUAACAGUAUUUUUGAGCCUCAUUCCACCAACUUUGUAAUCAUGCAGCCGUCUUGAUUUGUUGUGUGACAUAAACGCUGGCAAGUUGUAAACAUGGGAAUCUUUCCCGCCUCUACCAUCCAUCCCAUAUGAUGUGAACACAGCAUUAGAGAUGAGAAGUCCAGGAGCUGUUGUGUGUUUCUGACAUACAGGAAGUAUUUAGUUUUUCUCUGGAGUGUUUAUUUAGUUCCUGUGUAGAGAAUAAAGUUCAUGAUGAUCAGUA